AUGGCGGAGCAGCUGUCUAAAGAACAGGUGGCCGAGUUCAAGGAGGCCUUCACCAGUUUUGACAAGGACGGGGAUGGAAAGAUCGACGUCCAGGAGCUGGGUGCCGUGAUGCAGGCCGUGGGCGAGAACCUGUCAGAAGCCGAGCUGAAGCACCUCAUCGCCCAGGUGGACACCGAUGGCGACGGCCACAUCAGCUUCGACGAGUUCCUGGCAGUGAUGGCCAAGAUCAUGAAGUCCUCGGGCAGCGAGGCAGAGAUGCGGGAAGUCUUCCGUGCCUUCGACCUGGACGGCGACGGCCACAUCAGCGUCAACGAGCUCAAGCAGGCCAUGGCCAAGCUGGGCGAGAAUCCCUCCCAGGAGGAGCUGGACGCCAUGAUCCAGGGCGCCGACGUGGACCAGGACGGGCAGGUGAACUACGAGGAGUUCGUGCGCAUCCUGUCUCAGAAGUGA